ACUUGAUUUGGAGUUAAUUUCGGAGUUCGGACCCUACUCCACAGACCACGAGGAGUGGAGGACCAGAAACCCUAACGAUGGAAAUUCAAACCGAAUUCCCGGGCGCAGGGAAGAUGCUAAACGAGAAUCUGAGUUCAAAUUCAAAUUCGAAGCCUAAGGUAAUAGUGAUAAUGGGAGCAACAGGGGCCGGAAAAUCCAAACUCGCCAUCGACCUUGCUUCCCACUUCCCUGUUCAAGUCAUCAAUGCCGAUUCCAUGCAGGUUUACCAAGGAUUAGAUGUGCUAACCAAUAAAGUCCGUCCUGAAGAGCAGAAAGGCGUGGUACAUCAUCUUCUUGGUACCAUCAGCUCGAAUGUAGAAUUUACGGCAAAGGAUUUUCGCGAUCAUGCUAUUCCUCUCAUUGAUGAAAUAUCAUCCCGUAAUUUCCUGCCUGUCAUUGUUGGUGGAACAAAUUACUAUAUACAGUCUCUUGUUAGUCCAUUCCUUAUGGAUGUUGCUACUGAAGAUACAGAAGUAAAUUGCUUACUGGAUCCCCCUGAAAAUGAGCAACCCUGUCCUGAACUCAAAAUUGAGCAAGAAAGUUUUGAUUAUACUUAUGAUUGCCUUAAAGCUAUUGAUCCAGUUGCAGCCAAUCGACUUCAUCCAAAUGAUCAUAGAAAGGUCCAUCAAUACCUAAACUUGUAUGCACGAUUUGGUAUUCCUCCAAGUAAAGUUCUUCAAGAAAAGACUGCAGAGAACUGGGGUCAUGUUGAUAAUUCAAGAUUUGAUUUCUGUUUCAUAUGUGUGGAUGCAUCUCUAUCGGCACUGGACCCUUUUGUUGACAAAAGGGUCGAUGACAUGAUUGAAGCUGGCCUGCUUGAUGAAGUUUUUGACAUUUACCGGUCUGAUGCAGACUAUACGAAAGGCCUGCGACAAGCCAUUGGUGUUAGGGAAUUCAACGACUUUUUGACAUGCUAUUUUCAUAAACAUGAAGAAUCUUGUGAUGCAUCCCUCUCCCAAACAUGGAGUAUCGAGUCUUUUAAACAAACUAUACAGGAUAUUCUAUAUGGUUCUUGUGAUGAUGAGAGAAAAGUUCUUCUCACUGCAGCUAUUGAUCAAAUGAAAUUUAACACCAGAAGACUAGUUCGCCGCCAAAGGAGAAGGCUUCAACGCCUGCAAAUGCUCUUUGGAUGGGAGAUACAUUACAUUGAUGUUACAAGCUCCAUAUUAGGGGCUUCUGAUGAGACCUGGGCAGCAGAAGUGGUCUUGCCAGCUGCGACCACAAUAGAAUCCUUUCUCAAUCGCCAAUCCUGCCCGGAAAACGCCAGAAAUAACACCGACAACAUAAAACUAAAGCAAAGGGAUCUCUGGAGUCAGUAUAUUUGUGAGGCAUGCGGGAACAAGGUCCUUAGAGGUGCUCAUGAAUGGGAACAACACAGACAGGGCCGUAGCCAUCGAAAACGAAUUUCUAAGCUUAAGAAGUUUGAGAGAAUGUCUGUAAAUUAGCAGCACCAUCACAUUUUCUUCUCGCUAGGCCUGCAAAAAUGACUCUAGGAAACCAUUAUGCUCCUUCAACCUUAAAUACCGUCUUCUUUUUCAUCUUUCUUAUGUUCUUAUCUAUGCUUCAUAUUUCAUAGCCAGUAUGCUUUUUCAUUCUAAAUAAUUACAAAUAAGUAUAUUUUG